AUGACAUUGGACAGAAUUGCAAAAUGGAAUCAAAAUGGAAAUGUGCAGUGUGGUUUUUGCAAGGAUGGAAAAGAAAGUCAUGAGCAUUUAUUCUUUGAGUGCAAAUUUACUCAACAAAUCUGGUCUAAUCUUAGGACAGUUAGUUGGAGAUUGGGAGAUGAGAAUUCAAUUCAGGAAUUACUGCAGGUGAUAAGCAGUUUUAAAGGGCAGAAUAAUAUUGGCAAUGUGGUAAAUAAACUUUUAUUUGCUGCUGCAGUUUACUAUGUGUGGCAAGAAAGGAACAAUAGAAUCUUUCAAAGGAAGGAAAGGACUGAGGAAGCUGUGUGUAAUUUGAUUAAGAAAAAUGUUAGAGUCAAGCUUCUGUCUAUCAGAAUCCGAAAUACCAAAAAUGUGAUUAGAAUUGGUGAGAUGUGGAGGAUGAAAUGGGCUAAUUACAGUUUUGUGGCUGUUUAA